UAUCAACCGACCGACUCCAUCAUCAGCAUCCGACGGUGACAGCGGUCGAAGACAGCAUCCCUAAUUUUACCGAGCCACGGUAACAUCGCAUGACCACAGAGAGGCCAGCCGACCGGGACUGACGGUGCUUCUUGUGACACUAAUAUUUAUUGAGGCUGCCAUCUUACAAAACGCCGAGCUGCAAAAUAGUGAGUAGCCUUUGAUGAUGGACCUCCAGGAUGCUACAAUCGUGUGUGUGCCCCCACUACCUGCAUUAGGUUGUGAUGACCCACACUACUUCCAAAUGUUUCUGUGACCCUCCCCAAUCCUGACUCCUAACCUCUAAUCCCUGACCUUUGACCCCACUAUGGGCAGUGUUGGCAGUGGGGUGGCAGGAGAGCAGGAGUUUGCCAUGAAGUCUGUGGGUACGAGGACCACCUUGCCCAGAGCCCCUCCUCUCUCUCGCCGUUGCCCUGCCGACCGCAGCUGCAGUGCAGAACGACUGCCCCGCCCUCCUGCGACUAUAUCUGACGGGACGGCCUCUAGCGAUGAGCGGGGGAGUGUUAGUGUUGCGACUGGGACCUGUACCGGGACUGACCGGCCCACCGAAACAGCCUCCUCCACCAACACUGAAUGUACCAUAACUGCCCCGUCCAACAACAACCAGUUGGAGUGUGGCAAUGGAGCGGGCAGGCGGGAGAGGGAGUGGGAGAGGGAGAGGGAGAGGCAGCGUGAGAGGGGGAGAGACAGAGACCGGGACCGGGACUGGGACAGAGAAAGGUUAGAGAGGGAACGAGAGAGGGAGAGGAACCGGGAGAGGGAGCGGGAGCGAGUGGAGAGGGAGAGGCUGGAGCGAGAGAGGGAGCGGGAGAGGGAGAGAGCCAGAGAGAGGGAAAGAGAGAGAAUUGAGAGAGAGAAGAUAGAAAGAGAGAGGGAGCGAGAGAGGGAAAGGGAGAGGGAGCGGGAAAGAGAGAGGCUGGAGAAUGAGAGGUUGGAAAGAGACAGAGAGAGGGAGAUGCAGGCUGCAGGUUUGGAUGUGUGUGGGAACAUUGUGGGACGAGGAGGACCUGAGAAGACCAGCGUUGGCAUGAACACACACCAGAUCCAGCAUCCGCACCCGCACCAGCACAGAGAGAUGACCGCAGCCAGAGCCGACGGAGAAAACAAUCCAGGCAGCCACAACCCUCCGAACCACAACCCACCCAAGAUCCUGCCAGUGUCGGGAAAACUGGAGCAGGCGAUGCAGAACAACUCGGGCCUCGUACGUCCCUCCGCCUUCAAGCCGGUGGUUCCCAAGAGCUUCCACUCCAUGCAGAACCUGGUGGGCCAGGCAGGAGGGGCUGGGAGCGAGGGCAAGACUGAGGCAAGGAGUGAAGGGUUCAGUGAGAGCAGAGGAGGCAGGAGAGGCAGGGACGCAGCGGCAGGAGAAUCAGGAGAGGUCCCAGAGGCCCUGCUCCUGGACCAGGAGAGCCCAGUGAGGGUCAGCAGAACUGAGGGCGGGGGAAAUGGUAAUGAAGUGGUUCAGGGAGGGAUGUCUGACUCAGGGAGGAACUCCCUGACCAGCCUGCCCACCUACACGGGCUCGGGGUCCGGUUGUGGGCCCCCGGCCGUCCUGGGGCCUCUCAGUGCUUCCACCAGCCACAUCAACAGGUUGGGCAUGGUUGGGGCAGCUGCAGGCCUCGACAAGCAGGAAAAGCCUGGCUACCAGAACGGGCUCAGCGCCUCAGACAGUGGCCGGUCCUCCUCGGGAAAGAGCUCCUCGUCCUAUCAGAGGCUGAGCCACCUGAGUGACGCCCCUGCUCCUCUCCGGCCCUCGCCCUCCUCCGACGACAUUAUCCAGGACCUCGAGGACCGCUUGUGGGAGAAAGAGCAAGAGGUGCAGCACAUGCGUAGAAACCUGGACCAAAGUGAGGCAGCGAUUAUUCAGGUGUUUGAGGAGAAGCAGCGUGUCUGGGAGCGGCAGAUGGACGAGCUGAGACAGAACUACGCCUCGCGCCUGCAGCAGGUUACCCGUCGUGCUCAGCGCUCCCAGACUGCCCUGCAGGCCCAGAUAGGCCGUCUAUCCCAGGACAAGAGGAGGCUCCAGGAGGAGAUGGCGGCUCUGUUGGCCCAGAGGGAGGAGCUGGAGAGAAAGUGUCUGGAUUACAGGAAGGAGCAGGCUGACAUCUUGCCUCGUCUGGAGGAGACCAAGUGGGAGGUGUGUCAGAAGGCCGGAGAGAUCUCUCUGCUGAAGCAGCAGCUGAGGGAGAGUCAGGCUGAAGUGACGCAGCGAGCUGGAGAGAUGGUGGCCCUAAGGGGCCAGCUGAAGGAGCUCAAUGCCCAGCUGAGGGAGCGGGAGGAGACCAUGCUGGGCCUGAAGGACUCCUACAGCACCAAGAGCCUGGAGCUGGAGAAGUGUGAGGGAGAGCUGAGGAGGACUCUCUCAGAGGUGUCCCAUCUAAGAGAGAAGCUGGGUGUGUUUGAGGCAGAGGUGCUCAGUUUAAAGCGGGCUCUAAAUGAAGUGAGCAGAGGAGCAGAAGUGGUUAUGAGCCCUAACUUAGCUGCUGCAGGACUUUUGCCCCCCUGGGGGAUUGUCCACUGCCCACGUAACCCCACUGAGUCCUCAACCAACUCUCUCACCUCCACGUCUGACAACCUGCUGAGUCUUCAGAGCGAUGAAGCCAAGGCCCAGAGGCAGGAAGCUCAGAGACAGGAGAGGCAGCAACGGGAAGAAGCUCAAUGGCGUGAUGUGCAGCAGAGGCAAGAUACCCACAUGCAGCAGGACCUUCGAAUGCGUCAGGAUGCCCAAAUUCGACCAGAGGCCCAACUCCGUCAGGAGGCCCAGCUUCGUCAGGAGUCUCACCUCCGCCAUGAAGCCCAAUUACGCCAAGAGGCCCAGCUCUGCCACGAGGCCCAAAUGCGUCAUGAGGCCCAACUCUGCCAGGAAGUGCAGCUACGUCAGGAUGGCCACCUGCCGCAGCGAGGCCCGGAGGGUCACUGGGACGAGUCAGGGGAGCUUCGCAGGCAACUUGAGCAGCUGCAGGCCGCAUUGCGCCUGGAGCGGCAGCAACGGGAACGCCAGGCACUCAACUUCGACCAGGAGCGACACACCUGGCAGGACGAGAAGGAACGGGUUUUGAAAUACCAGGCACAGCUUCAGCUCAGCUACGUGGAAACGCUGCAGAAGAAUCAAGCUUUGGAAAAACGUAUGAUCUCAUUGGGAGCUAAACCCUCCUCAACGUCCACCACCACCACUAUUACCACCAUCACCACCAGCUCCCCCACCUCUUCCAAUUCUCCCCCUCCACCACCAGCCAUGUCACCUCUAUCCCCUCAGCCCUCACUCUCUAUCUCUGGCCCCAUUGCCCUAACCAUCUCCCCGCCUUGUGAAGAUCAGAAGGGCCCUCCUUCUCUCCACCAGCUUGCCAAUCCCUGGGCAGGACCUUCACGCCUGGAGAGGAUAGAGUCCACUGAGAUAUAGAGACAUGACCAAUUUUCCAGUCCAAGACACUCACAGUGACGAGGCCUCUCACAGAAAACCACUUCAGCAUACAGUUGAAAAACAUUUCAGUCUACAAUAGAAUAAAUCAGUACAGUCUGACAAACUUUUCAAAGCAACUUAAGACACUGAAAACAAUAACAAAUGCCGAAUGCCCACUAUCAGUAACAGAUCCUCCGCACGGGAAGUUGAACUUCAUUCAAUCAAUGAUUUUUCAAAUUCCUAAGCAGCCUUUCUCUCUGUAGUUGCACAUUACUACAUCUCAUUUAGCCAGUGUGCAAUGUGAGGAAUGUGCCACACUGAUGGAUGGCAGAAAAGCUAAAUGUGAAAUGACCAUUUUUAGAUGACAGCACUAAUACAGGGGGUCAUUUAACGCCCAUGCUAGAAAAGGACCAAGACAAUCAGGGAUAUUGUCAGAAAUUAACGACCAGAAUAUUAUGCGGUAUUUAUUCAUUGUAAGUCUGUGUCACUGGUCAUGUAUAAGUAGAAAUAGAGGUCAGAGUGUGUGAUGUUAACUUGCAUUUUUGGCCAGAGAGCGCCUUACUCCAUUUUUUCCAGCAUGUAUACAAGAAAAACUAAUGCUGGGAAUAGAAAAAUAGGAGUGUGUUUAUCAUUUUCAGUGCUUUAAUUAUAAUAUCAAAAAACCAGUCACACAACAUUGUUACACAGGGCUGGACUAAUUCAUUUAAAAUCCCAGCAGAUAUCAACAUCAAAGGUCACACCCUGAUUUUUUAUUGAGUUUUCAAGUCCUUUCAUGCACAGGGUCCACAAUGCAUGACCCAUAUAAACACAUAAUUAAUACCAACAGAGUUUAUAUUUUCUACAAAUUGAAUUAAAUAGAUAUGUUUAGCAGAUAAUCAACCCCAACUGAAUAUAGAACAUGUUUUAAAAAGUGGGAGAACCUGAUUCGCCUUCAAUGCAGCUCGCCUGUCUUGACUAAAAACAAACACUAGAGGUCAUAGGAGAGCUUUCACAGCGAUACCAACUCAACCGUCUUUUAUUGAACUGCAAGGAGAAUGUGAAUCAAAGCACACAAUUUGAAUUUGGUUAUUAUGAUAAUUGUGUUGUUCACUUUGUGCAUUUACAGCCAAGAAAUCAGUCGGUAUCCCCAAAGUCAAAAAUACAAUUUAUAGAAUGUAUGAUACACUAAAAAUAAAUACUUAUAAUAGUUAUAGAUUGUAAAUGUGUGUAUGUGGUGAGAGUGCGAGUGUGUGCGUGGGAGAGCCGGUGUGUGCAUGUGUGUAUACUUAUAAAAAGCUUCAGUUUAUGAGAUUGAGGAUAGAGGGACUAGUGGCAAUAUAGUAAGUGAAGAUAUGUUGAUGGUAAAUGGAUUUUUCUUUUUUUGGGGUGGGGGCUUUAAGUACUUUAAGAUGUAAGGGCACUGAGACUGAAGGAGUAUGUAUAUCAUGGAAAACUGUCUCUACUGUAUAUUUCUUUUAGACAAAGCAGGGGAGAACAACGUUUAAAAAAAAAAACCUGAAAAGGGAAAGUCAGCCUCUUUAAAGGGAGCGUUCAGGCUAACUGCACUACGUAGUGUCCUACACACGAGUUAUGAUGUACAGUAGACUCAGAUGUGAAUAUCAUGGCUUUUAUAUGUGUUGUUUAUGCCAGCAUACAAAGAUGUUGCUCAAGAAUAUUAACUUAUCUCUAAAGUAUUACAUAGUAUUAUCAUCUUUAUUACUGUUAUUAUAUUAUGGUGAACUGACAGAGAAAAUAUGUGCCAUUUAAGCUUUCCUUUAUGUGUUUUUUUAACUGUGUAGAUAGCCUAUUGGCCUACCAUAAUGGUGCAAUCAUAGCAACCCUGUCCAAAAAUGAUGUUCUUUUUGAUGUAGGUGAUAAAUGUAGUUGCAGUAUUGCAUUGUUUAGAGAACAAAAUGCUACCAAUUUUAUACAUUACACAAUUGUAUUGUUUGCAUUUAUGUUACUAGUACUGUUCUGGCUUGAUUGAAACCACCUCUUUGUUAUUCAGCAGAACUAAUAAAGAAAUGUGAAUAAUUCAGCA